AAUGCCGUAACUUGUUUCACCCUUUUCUCAAGAAAUAAUCGAAAUAUUGACAGGAUUUCCCAUCGGUCAAAGGAAUUAAAAUGUGGUUUAGUCUUAACAAAACUUUCAUGAGGUAAAUGAGAAAUAUUUUUUCCAUUUGGAAUUGCAAACAAAGGACAAACUAUUCAAAAUUAGAAAACUACAAAUCUCAGGAAACAAUUAUUAAAAACCGACAAAUUAACUUUUUCUACUCGUCAAGUAAAUUAGAUAUCAAAAUAAUUUUUAAAAACCGGUAGCUGUUAAAAUUUUAUUGUGCGGGGAAAAUAAAUGUUUUUCAGAUUCCAGAAUUUUUCAAAUUACAGCUAAAGGGAAAUGGAGGAUAUUAAAGUGGAAAAUAAGUUAAACAUCUACAUGGGUCAAAUAUCAUUUGGUUUACUUAAUUUAUUUGGAAUGUGGAAGCCACUCGAUUGGAAAUUAAAAUGGCAAAUGUGGUUGUAUCAUUUUUUCUCUGUGUUUAUGAUUACACUCUACUUUACGUUCAUAUUAAGUCUACUCAUGCAUUUCGUUAAAGUAUCACAACCAAUUGAAACUAUAACGGAAAAUUUAUUUUACUUUCUUUGCAUUGUCGCUACUUUUAUCAAGCAAAUCUGCAUUAUGGCGAAACGAAAAACUGUCGUUGAGUCGAGAAAGAAACUUUUGAAUAAUUUCUGUGAGCCUGAAGAUCAUUAUGAAUCUGGGAUUUUACAGAAGUGUUCUCAAAUUUGCAGGUCAAACACAAUUAUUUUCUUAUUUUUGGUCAACGUAACAGCAUUAUCUAUAAUAAUAGGCCCAGUGAUGAAGAAAAAUAAUAUUGUUCUUCCUUUACAAGCAUGGUAUCCAUUCAGUCUUAAUUCAAAAUGGAUUUUUUUCAUGACAUAUUUACAUCAAAUAGUAGGUUUAAUUAUGGCAGCCAACACAUCUGCAUCUGUUGAAGGUCUAACUUUAACUUUUAUGCUACAAAUAUGCGCACAAUUAGAAAUAAUUAUCCAUCGAUUGCAACUAUUACCUCAGUUACGAAAAACAAAUGAGUCUGAAUGGAGUAUUGCUAAGAGAGAAUCAAGACUUAUAUCGAAAUGUGUAAAUCAUCACAUCUACAUGUAUUCGUAAGAUAAACCUUUUUCAAAAACCAUAUAUGAAAGUUUUGUUAAAAGACCGCAAAAUUAUUAUUUCUUAACAGAUUAGGAGAAAAGUUAAACGAAAUAUUUGGUCUGGUGAUAUUUGUACAAUUUUUUACGUCUAUGAUAAGUCUUUGUGCUACAAUUUAUCAAUUAUCGAGAUUAAGUUCACAAAAUCCAACUUAUUGGAUAAUGGUCACAUCUGUAAGCAGUGUGAUAAUGCAAAUUUUUCUCUACUGUUUUUAUGGACAGAGAAUCAGUGAGAAGGUGAUAAAAAAUUAGUAUAUUCUUCAUUACCAAUAAACCAUAGUCUGUUAUAACUUAAUUCAAAAUAGAGUACAGAUGUUGCAGAUGCAGUUUAUUUGACGAAUUGGACAAAAUUAACUAAUCGAACAAAAAAGGAUCUUGUUCUGAUGAUGAUAAGAGCCACUAAACCUAUACAAUUGACAGGUUCAUCAGCUAUUGUCAUGUCUAUAAAAACAUUUGUAAAAGUUCGUAAAUUUUAUCUAUCAUUAGCUGCCUUAAAAUUUGAAUUAAAAAUAUU